AUGUCCGUACUUAGUCAAAACCUGAGCGCGCUGUCGGACCCCACAGUGCCCAGAGAAACAUCGCUCAGCAGGGCCGGACACACCGCUGUGGCCGUGGUAUUGGGGGUUAUUUUUGUCCUGGGCUUUUUGGGAAACUUCGUGGCAUUGCUGGUGUUCUCACGGUACUCCGUGCUCCGGACCCCUGUUAACCUGCUCCUGAUCAACAUAAGCGCCAGUGACAUGCUGGUUUGCAUCUUCGGGACCCCGAUGAGCUUCGCCGCCAGCGUACGCGGCAGGUGGCUCACCGGGAAUUACGGGUGCCGUUGGUACGGCUUCUCGAACGCGCUCUUCGGUAUUGUGUCUCUGGUUUCACUGUCACUCCUCUCAUUUGAACGCUACUCUGCAGUGCUCCACACUGUUCCAUCAGACUCCUCUCAGUUUGGACGUGCCCGCUUUGCUGUGGCCGCCUCUUGGGUUUACUCUCUGGCCUGGACCUUGCCUCCUUUGCUGGGCUGGAGCAGUUACGGUCCAGAGGGUCCCGGCACAACCUGCUCAGUUCAGUGGGACAUGCAGUCUCCCACAGCGCGCUCUUAUGUGAGCUGUCUGUUCACCUUUUGUCUGUUGCUGCCUCUACUUCUCAUGCUCUUCUGCUACGGGAGGAUCAUUAUGGCCGUGCGCACAGUCACAAAACAGGUCCCACGGUUGAGCACGUCCUCAGCAGAGAAGAGGGAGGGCCGUGUGCUCCUGAUGGUGGUCUCCAUGGUGACGGGUUACCUUGUCUGCUGGCUGCCGUACGGUGUGGUGGCAAUGCUCUUCUCAUUUGGACAUCCUGGAGCUGUGCCCCCUGUGGCCAGUCUAGUGCCCUCUCUGUUAGCUAAGACCAGCACAGUGCUGAACCCGGUCAUAUACGUGCUCCUCAACAAACAGUUCUCUAGAUGUUUCCGACACAUGUUCAGCUGGACCUCCGAGGCCACGCCGACCCCAGUGCAUCAGUCCUUCCCCAGCAGCAGAGGGGCCUGGAUGUACCCUCCAAAAAUGCCCUCAGUGGACCAAGACUCCUCUCCAAACACAUCCUUGCCCCAACCACAGAAACAAGAGCCGCAGCACACACAAACACCAGUGGACUAUUACAAUGGAGAUCCUUAA